AUGGUGCCGGCCGCGAUGAAGCUGCUGUCACUGAUCGCGUUUGGCGUUGCACGGGUGAUCGGCUCAAAACAGGGACAAAUCGGACAAUGUUUGGACAAAUCACCAUAUUGCAAUGCGAACGACUGCUCGGUCCGGCCGGGGUACGCCCUCCAGUUUUGCCGGAAAACUUGCGGCGACUGUGGCGACUUUUGCGAAAACUCGGUGUACGUUUCAUGUAAAGAAGAGCGCAAAGCGGAAUGUCAGGAGAUGCUCAAGGUAUCGGCGUACCUUCAAAGAAAG